UAUUCUUAUAAAACCCUCGGAUUAUCAUCGAGAGUAUCAUAGUAACAGAUUACAUUCCAACGCUAAAAUGUUUAGUAAAAUUCUUACAUUUUUAGCUGCGAUAACAGUCGCCCGGGCCGGGCUCCUCCAUGGUGCGCAUAACGGAUAUGGAACAGCCUAUGGCGCUCAGUACGCCCUACGCGAUCAGAUCGGCCUCGUCGGAAGAGUCGAUCCUAGACCUCCUUUCCCGUACCCCGCACAUGCACAUGCUGCUCCUUUCGCUCAAGCCGGUCCUUUGGCCCAUCCGGCUCCUUUGGCCCAUGCCACUCCUUUCGCUCAAGCCGGUCCUUUGGCCUACCCAGCUAUUUUGAGCCGUACUGGUCCACUUGCUUAUACUGCUCCUUUAGCACAUUCCGCGCCUUUGUCACACGCAGCGUCACUGGCCCAAGCUGCUCCAUUAUCCCCCGUUGCUCCUUUAGCCCAGGCUACUCCAUUAGCCCACACCGCUUCUUUAGUCCACGCCGCUGGUUUAACACACGCCACUCCAUUGGCACAUUCCGCAGCCUUGGCAAAUGCAGCACCCUCGGUCCGCGCUACACCAUUAGCACAUAGUUCUUUAUUGGCUCGUGGUGCAGGUCCCGUGGUCCUCGCUACAUCCUCAGUCCAAACCAAUUCCAUUGCCAAUACCGCAUCUCUCGCCCGUGCAGGCCCCCUCAACUAUGGUACAUCAUUAGUCAACGCUGGGCUACUAGCACAUACCGCACCAUCAGCUCAUGCUGCUCCACUUGCCCAUGGUACACCUCUAGGUUAUACUUCUCUGGGACAUGGUGGUUCUCUAGCAUACGGUGGAGUCUACGGUCGUCCCCUUGGGCACCUCGGAGGAUAUUCCGGAAUCGGCCAGCGUGGAAGCUACAAUGACUACUACUCACACCCUCAAUAUCAAUACUCAUACUCCGUGGAGGACCCUAACACCGGUGAUCAUAAGGCCCAGCACGAGACACGCGACGGCGAUGUUGUGAAGGGAGAAUACUCACUCUUGCAGCCCGAUGGUACCUUCAGGAAGGUUCACUACACCGCUGACGAUCGCAACGGAUUCAACGCAGUCGUCCACAACUCUGGUCCCAGUCACCACGUGUAUUCUUCUCAGCAUCACCACCAUUAAUAACGAUCGAUCGUCCGAUCUUUAAACAACCCAAAGUUUUCAUUUAGUCUCGCUAUCGUUGAUUUUGU